GGACAAGGAUCGUCGCAGCAUGUGUAACGGCGGUUAAUUCAUCCUUACGCAGCAGACGGCCAGACCUUAGCAAAAGCAGAGGGGGCGCAGCAACAGAAGCAGCUCCCAUUAUUUAAAGGACUAGUCUACUGUAACGAUGGACGCAGCGGCAGCAAAGAGCUUCAAGCUGGAUGCCAGCGCUGGCGGGUGUUCUGGCAUGUUCUGGAGAACAAAGCCGGAGAUGGGCUCUACUACGUCGAGCCCCGACUGGCCGCGCAACGGCACCAUGCUCAAGGGCUGGUACGUCGCAGAGCACCCCGGGUAGGUGAAGAUCGACCACCCGGAAGGCUACUGGAUGCCUGUGGAGCAGCGCGGGAAGGUCGUGAUGCACGAGGUGGACUCGUAAGCCGUCAAACUGCUACGCCAUUUGGCCCGACGGAAUAUGAUAUAAUAGUGGUGGUUUGUGUAGAAGGCCGCCUGAAUAUGGCGGGUCGACCAGGUGCAGGGCUGGUGAAAUUGCGUGACACCGACUGAAUAUUCAAGUUGUCUCAUGCCGAGUGCCCAGCGUAAGGCCGGCCGAAUUCCUUGGCACUACCGUGUCGCCUCAUACAGGACCACUACUGCAGCGUCAGCUGCAUGCAUGUGAGCGUUGUACACGCUGAAGUAGUCUUUUCAACCUAGUCUUCGUCAAUGUCGGAUUCUUCGACGCGGUGAGAAGCGCUCGAUUUCGUACCAAUGUUAAUGAUCCCAUAGUGGUCAUAUGACCUCCACCCGAACAAAGGCUCGCCAUUGGCGCAGUGUGCACCUACCGAACGUGAAAGGCUUCCAUGGUAGAUGAGGCCGUCGGUCACUGAAAGAAGACCGGCACACGCACGGAUCGAUUUUUAGCGCGUGUACGAUCGUAUCCAUAGUGGUAUUGGUUGUAGCUGUUGUUGCUGUUGUGGCUGCUGUAUUGUUGAUGAUGAUGAUGUUAUCGUCGUUGUUGUUGCGGUCGUCGCCGGUGUUGUUAUUUUGUGUCGCUGUCUUCACCAUUGAAAGCUAGAAGAGUGAACUUCGAUCAUCAUAACCGAUGCACCUAGAGUGCAUGUGUCAUGGCUGCCGCAGUCGUCGUCGUUGCUGGAUGUUGAUGUUUCUUGUUGCCGUUUCCGGUCCCGAACGCGUGCGAUCACAAGAGUAAUGGAUGUGUGUCCCAUUUUUUGGCCCGUUUCGCCAAUGUAGAGUUCCGCCGGAGAGACUGCUUCUGUACACGUUAGAAUUAAUCAAUGUGACGACACAGCAGUGCAGGCACCAUUCGCGUACGAACGAUGGAGAUUGCACAAUGGCCGGCCGUUCUUCU